CAAUAGUAUCGCAACCCCUACGUGUAUUAAAUAUAUUAGUGGGGAUAUAUUUUGGUGACGUGCAUAUGAUUUACCAACAAGUGUUAUAAUAUAUGUUUUUAAUCAGAAUUUAGGAUCAACAUUUCCUGACAUGGGUAUAUUUGUCUUAAUAGGAAUUUUCUUUACACUGCUCUGCCCAAUAUACGUAUUGGGUACAUUCAAAUACUUGGAGGACAACAAAUUAAAUGACGACGAUUUCGCAGGACAAAUUUCUCAGUUCCCACUUUUGAUGCCGCAAGUAUCUCCAAAUACGUUGGUUACGAGCCAAAAGCUACAAUGAACACAGCGCAUCACAUGCUCGUGUAUGGCUGCGAAGAACCUGGGUCUACUAAAGCAGUGUGGAAUUGUGGUGAAAUGUCGAAAGGAUCCUCUGCUGAAUCCCACAGUCCAUGUAGCGGUUCUUCACAGAUCCUGUAUGCGUGGGCCAGAGAUGCACCAAGACUUGAGUUGCCGGAUGGGGUUGGAUUUAAGGUUGGUCGAGAGACACCCAUAAAAUAUAUUGUUCUGCAAGUACACUACGCCCACAUUGACAUGUUCAAAGAUGGCAACACCGACGAUUCUGGAGUAUAUAUCGAUUAUACACUUAGACCGCUGAACAAACUUGCAGGCGUCCUGCUCUUGGGAACUGGAGGAGUCAUCCCACCAAAAUCAGUAGAACAUAUGGAAACUGCUUGUGAAAUAAGUGAGAAUAAGACAAUACACCCAAUUGCGUAUCGCACUCACACUCAUAGCCUUGGAAAAGUUGUAUCAGGAUACAGAGUACGAACUGAUGACCGUGGUUUUCAUCAGUGGACGCUCUUGGGCAAAAGGGAUCCUUUGACGCCUCAAAUGUUUUAUUCUAUUGAAAAUAGUGAUCCCAUCGUAAACGGCGACUAUCUUGCUGCUAGAUGCACUAUGAUUAGUCAUCGAAAUAGAAGUACAUAUGUUGGAUCCACUAACGAAGAUGAAAUGUGUAAUUUUUACUUGAUGUACUAUGUCGAAAAUGAUGAACCUCUUAAUAUGAAAUACUGCUUUAGCCAAGGCCCACCAAAUUAUUAUUGGAGCAAUCCCGACGUUGGACUUCAUAACAUUCCAAAUAUACAAGCUAGUAUAUUGUGAAUCCAGACCAAAAUUAGAAAGUAAUUAAAAUUUCUAAAAUGUAAAUAUUUAAUAAUUGUUGAACGUCAUUGAACAUUUGAAUAAUCGAAAUGUAUGUAUGUAUAUGUAAAUGUA